AUGUCCUCAAAUUUCGAAUUCUCCUAUUCCCGACCAGACUAUGUCAACUCACCUUCUGAUACUGCUGUAGUCAGUCCUUCUAGCAGUCCUACUCCCACCUCUUCCUUUUUGCAUCCUCAUUAUAACCAUGCUUUCUCUUCACCUAUAGGGAGAAACAACAUCUCUACACCAUGUUGGGUUACUUCCACCCUUUCUACUCCUACCAGGGCCAAAAGAAGGAACUCUGAUGACUUUGACUCUCCUAAAAAGGUCAAGCAGCGGGUCCCAUCGCAUAUGUCUUGUUCGUCUCGUUCUUCCGGUUUGUCUCGUUCGUUUCAUUCGUCUAAUUCGUCUAGGUCAUCGCACCCGUCUGGUCCGUCUGGUCCGUCUGGUCCGUCUGGUCUGUCUGGUCUAUCUGGUUCACCUGGUUCGUCUGAUUCGGCCAGUUCUCUUGACCCUUCGAUUUCAUUACAGAAUAUCGACCUUGAUGAGUAUCCUAAGUUUCUCCAUCCUGAGGGUGGUGUAAUUCAAUUUACACCAGUUGGAAACAUCCGGACAUUCACUGGCAACAAUGACACCGUUCAGAGAAUCGUUGAAAAGAACUCUUCUUUUGACUUGGCCAAAACGGACCGAGGUAUAGACGGUUAUAAGCUUUACUUCGGCAAUCAUGGCUUUGAAGAGUCUUCUCAACGACCUCCAGAACCCACAAAUGUUAAAGGAGUCUUUCUGGACUCUUCUCCAUCCAAUGAGAUUGAGGGAUACAUGAGGUCCGGUUAUACCAAUACCAAUUCCACCUAUUACGAUGAUGGUGGGGCUUCUAGUGCUGCCAAAUUGUCUUUUUUCCUCGACGAUGAUGACGAUUUCGAUGACGAUGACGGCGACGAUGACAUGAUUGGAUAA